AGGCAAGCAAACCGAGGCCCUUCUGCAGCGUGAGCACCCAGGGACCUGGACCGGGUGUGUGUCAGAGCGCUGCCCUGCUCCCUGCCCCCAGCAGCGUGUGGCCGUCGUCAUGGACAAGAUCCUGGAGGCCGUGGUGACUUCGUCCUACCCUGCGAGCGUGAAGCAAGGGCUGGUGCGGCGCGUGCUGGAGGCGGCGCGGCAGCCCCUGGAGCGGGAGCAGUGCCUGGCGCUGCUGGCCCUGGGCGCGCGCCUCUACGUGGGUGGCGCGGAGGAGCUGCCGCGCCGCGUGGGCUGCCAGCUGCUGCACGUGGCGGGGCGCCACCACCCCGACCCGCGCUGCGUACCCGACGGCGCGCACCGCCUGCUCUUCUGCCAGCAGCUGGUGCGCUGCCUGGGCCGCUUCCGCUGCCCAGCCGAGGGCGAGGAGGGCGCCGUGGAGUUCCUGGAGCAGGCCCAGCAGGUUAGCGGGCUCCUAGCUCAGCUCUGGCGAGCCCAGCCCGCCGCCAUCCUGCCCUGCCUCAAGGAGCUGUUCGCGGUCAUCUCCUGCACAGAGGAGGAGCCGCCGUCCAGCGCCUUGGCCAGUGUGGUCCAGCACCUCCCACUGGAGCUCAUGGAUGGGGUGGUCCGCAACCUCAGCAAUGAUGACAGUGUGACAGAUUCCCAGAUGCUGACUGCCAUUAGCAGGAUGAUCGACUGGGUGUCCUGGCCCCUGGGGAAGAACAUUGACAAGUGGAUCAUUGCCCUUCUCAAGGGCCUGGCUGCCGUUAAGAAGUUCAGCAUCUUGAUCGAGGUUUCGCUCGCCAAAAUUGAGAAGGUCUUCUCUAAGCUCCUGUAUCCCAUCGUUCGGGGGGCCGCCCUGUCUGUCCUCAAGUACAUGCUCCUGACUUUCCAGCACUCCCACGAGGCCUUCCACCUGCUUCUCCCUCACAUUCCUCCCAUGGUGGCCUCUCUGGUGAAGGAGGACUCGAACUCUGGGACCAGCUGUCUGGAGCAGCUGGCAGAGCUGGUGCACUGCAUGGUGUUUCGGUUCCCAGGCUUCCCAGACCUGUAUGAGCCUGUCAUGGAAGCCAUUAAGGACCUCCACAUUCCCAAUGAGGACCGAAUUAAGCAGCUGCUGGGGCAGGAUGCCUGGACCUCACAGAAGAGCGAACUGGCUGGCUUCUAUCCUCGGCUCAUGGCCAAGUCUGACACGGGCAAGAUUGGCUUAAUCAACUUGGGUAACACAUGCUACGUGAACAGUGUCCUUCAGGCCUUAUUCAUGGCUUCCGACUUUCGACACUGUGUGCUCCGCCUGACUGAGAACAACUCACAGCCCUUGAUGACCAAGCUGCAGUGGCUCUUUGCUUUCCUGGAGCACAGUCAGAGGCCAGCCAUCUCUCCUGAGAACUUCCUCUCUGCGUCCUGGACACCAUGGUUCAGCCCUGGGACCCAGCAGGACUGUUCAGAGUAUCUGAAGUACCUGCUGGAUCGGCUUCAUGAAGAGGAAAAAACCGGGACGAGGAUCUGCCAGAAGCUCAAGCAGUCCAGCUUGCCCUCCCCACCGGAAGAACUCCCUAGCUCCAGCGCGACAUCUGUGGAGAAAAUGUUCGGAGGCAAGAUCGUGACUCGGAUAUGCUGUCUCCACUGCCUCAACGUUUCCUCCCGGGAGGAGGCCUUCACAGACCUCUCUCUGGCCUUCCCUCCUCCCGAGCGAUGUCGCCACCGCCGCCUGGGCUCCGUGAUGCUCCCAACAGAGGAUGUGCGAGCCCAGGAGCUGGCACCGGCUCCCAGAGCUCCAGGGGCACCGAGGCAGAGGAAGCACUGCAUCACAGGAGAUGCUCCCUGCACUGGACUAGACAUAGAGGGUCUGGGCAUCAUCAGCACUGGUGGACAGAGUGGGCAGGAGGAGAAGCUGGAGAGGGAGCAGGCCGGGAAGGAGAAGGAGGCAGCAGAGGAGGAGGAGAAGGAGGAGGAAGGAGCAAGGGAAGAGGAGAAGGAGGAGGGGGAAGAGAAGAAGAAGGAGGAUGAAAAGGAAAAGGAAGCUGAGAAUGGCAAGGAGGAUGGCGACAGCUUGGGACCAGGGACCCCUAGGGAUGCUGCCGUCCCACCCAGGGAGCAGGUCUGUGGUCCCGAGGGCUCCCGCUCUGUGCUAGAUCUGGUCAACUACUUCCUGUCCCCUGAGAGGCUGACAGCCGAGAACCGUUACUACUGUGAGUCAUGCGCCUCCCUGCAGGAUGCAGAGAAGGUGGUGGAGCUGAGCCAGGGUCCACGCUACCUCAUCCUCACACUACUGCGCUUCUCCUUCGACCUGCGUACCAUGCGGCGCCGCAAGAUCCUGGACGAUGUCACCAUCCCCCUCUUGCUGCGCCUGCCACUGGCCGGGGGGCAGGGACAGGCUUAUGACCUCUGUAGUGUGGUGGUGCACUCUGGAGUGUCCUCAGAGAGUGGCCACUAUUACUGCUACGCCCGUGAGGGUGCUGCCCGGCCGACCCCUGUCCUGGGAUCCACAGACAGGCCUGAGCCUGAGAACCAGUGGUACUUGUUCAAUGACACCCGGGUGUCCUUCUCGUCCUUCGAGUCGGUCAGCAACGUCACCUCCUUUUUCCCUAAGGACACUGCCUAUGUGCUCUUCUACCGCCAGCGGCCCAGGGAAGGGCCUGAGGCCGAGCCUGGCUCUCCCAGAGUCCGAGCAGAGCCCACCCUCCACAAGGACCUGAUGGAGGCCAUUUCCAAAGACAAUGUCCUCUACCUGCAGGAGCAGGAGAAGGAGGCCCGGAGCAGGGCAGCUUAUAUCUCCACACUCCCUGCUCCACACUGGGGUAGGGGCUUCGAUGAAGACAAAGACGAAGAUGAAGGCUCCCCAGGGGGCUGCAAUCCGGCUGGUGGCAGUGGUGACUUCCACAGACUGGUCUUCUAAGGGGAACUCCCACCUGUGGGGAGUCACAGCCAACCUCAGAGUGGGCCAGGCGGGGCUCGGGGCCCAGGCAGAACACUCUGCCAUCUGGGGUCGUAGGAGCUGUGGAGGCAAGCCCAAGGUGAAGCAGGUCCCUUUGAGGGCAAGGAGGAUGGAGAGGGACCACCUGGGAUGUCAGUCUACAGCCUGAAGGGCACAGAGAAGCUGAAACCCAAAGCUCCUUAAGCAGUCAUCAUACUACGAUGCUAUGGUUAAGUGUCCUGACUAGCUGGGAGCAACUCGGAUGAGGCCACCCUGGGCUUUGCCUCCCUGCAGGCCCCAUCCUGGAAAGCCCAGCCAGCUCAGGUGUCAGUUUGGUGUCCUGUAUCCGGUAGCACUUCUUUUUCUCUAGUUCCUUCACCCAGCCCCUCCUCCAUAGGAGAAAAGCACAGCUGAAGUCAGGCCCUUGCACCCAGAAGGGGGCUGUUCCCUCUGCCCGCCUCGUUUCUUCAGGGGGUUCUUAGAACAAGGUGUGUGGGUGCCCGCACCCGCUGUGUGUUUGAGGCAUAUAGGGAAGGCAGCACAGCACAGGACCAGAGGUGAGACUCUUACCUGCCCCUCCCCUCCCCUCCCUAGCCUGCCUCAGUGCCUGAGAUGCUGCCAUGGCAUCCCUGUCUAGUUAGGGUCUGGGUCCUUAUUUUACUGAAGACAGUCGUCUGUCAGAAAGCCAUUGUCGUUUGAGGAAGCUAGCUGGCUUGGCUCCUCUGGUAGAAUGUGAGGGCUGGGUAGGUAUGAACUGUGUAAUGCGCACAGCCUCACUGUGCCCUGAGACUACUAUAGCCCCUUCUCAGCGGAGAGAAGAAACCCGUGUUCUUAAAUAGGAAUAAAACUUGCUUCUCGGAA